UGCAAGUCGCCUUCAAACAUGCCGAUGUGGCUGCUGUGAUCUGAACCUUCAGUUUCUCCUGCAGGUUUGAAGAACAAACUGUAGCAAUGAAACUUUUUAUACUGGUUCUGUUUUGUGUCUGCGGGUGUUUUGCAGCACAGGAAGACGAGAGGCUGCCGAAUAAAUGCGAAGUGUGUAAGUUUCUGACAGUAGAGCUGCAGGAUGCUCUGGAGAAAACUGGUCGCUCCAAAGAAGUCCUGGAGGUUGGAGAGGUGCUGGACACAGGCAAGAGAAGGAGAAAGAUAAAAUACAACACCUCGGAAACUCGGCUGACUGAGGCGGUAGACGACCUUUGUGAACGCAUCCUGCAGUAUAAUGUUCAUGCAGAGAGGCCUGGUAGCCUCCGAUAUGCCAAGGGCGCCAGUCAGACCAUGACGACUUUGAAGAACCUGGUCCACAAAGGGGUGAAAGUGGACUUGGGUCUUCCUUAUGAGCUGUGGGACGAACCCUCUGUGGAGGUGUCGGACAUGAAGAAACAGUGUGAGACGAUGCUGGAGCAGUAUGAGGAGGUUGUGGAGGACUGGUACUUCCAUCAUCAGGACCAGAGGCUAGAGAAGUUCCUCUGUGUGAACCACGUCCUCAAGACAUCGGAGCAAGAAUGUAUAAAGGAGGUGUGGAAAGGAGACAUGGGAACCAAAGGAGGGGCCAAGGAGGCAGAAAGUGACAGCACAGAAGCAGAGGUAGCCAAUGAGAAGGAGAAGGAGGGAAAGACUCAUGACGCUGGGGAGCUUUGAGGAAAACACUGCAAAGAAUGAUGUAUUGUGACACUAUUUUAUUUCUGGUGCCAAAUCUUCUGGUUUAUGUCAGGAGUUAUAAUAUUGUGAAAUGAUGCUUUAUAGACACUACAUUUCUCCUGUUAUUUUUAUAUGAAUGUUGUUAGCCUUUUAAGAACUGCACCUUUUUACACACUCAGCUAUAUUAUGUGCUGUUACUUCUCUCCUUAUGCCCACAGUAUAUGGUACAUAUCAGUAUUAUUUUUUCUGACUUUACCCAAAUUGAAGUCUUUAAAUGGAAUAUGUAAAAAUUUUUCAUUGUGAAUAAAAUACUUUUUUAUAACA